CAGGAUUAGAUACCACCCACCCUGGCUUGUAACCUCCCCUUUCUUUCUUAUCCUGGGUGAACAAUGCUCAGCUAAAGUGACUGCCCCACUGUCACUGCCUCUCAAUUUGGUACUCUGUAACUCUGCGACCACCAAGAAGUCUUUUUUCACCCCCCCAAGCUCUUUUUGGAAAAUUCCCUACAGGAGCCGCAUUUUAAGCCUAUUUAUUUUAUAGGAAGAAACAGAAAGGCAACAUGUCAGCUGAAACACCAGUCACACUGAAUAUUGAUCCUCAGGAUCUGCAGGUCCAAACAUUCACCGUAGAGAAGCUGCUGGAGCCUCUCAUAAUCCAGGUUACCACUCUUGUAAACUGUCCCCAGAACCCUUCCAACAGGAAAAAAGGACGUUCAAAAAGAGCCAGUGUUCUUCUAGCUUCUGUGGAAGAAGCAACUUGGAAUUUAUUAGACAAGGGAGAGAAGAUUGCCCAGGAAGCUGCAGUUCUAAAGGAUGAGCUUACUGCUUCACUUGAGGAAGUUCGUAAAGAAAGUGAAGCUCUGAAAGUAUCAGCUGAGAGAUUCACAGAUGACCCCUGUUUUCUCCCAAAAAGGGAGGCUGUGGUUCAAGCUGCCCGUGCCUUGCUGGCUGCAGUGACGAGACUCCUUAUUCUUGCAGACAUGAUUGAUGUAAUGUGCCUCUUGGAGCACGUGUCAGCUUUUCAAAGGACAUUUGAGUCUCUCAAAAAUAUUGCCAACAAAUCUGACCUCCAGAAAACCUACCAGAAGCUUGGGAAGGAGUUGGAAAAUUUGGAUUAUUUAGCCUUCAAACGUCAGCAGGACUUAAAAUCUCCAAAUCGGAGGGAUGAAAUUGCAGGAGCCCGAGCCUCAUUGAAGGAGAACUCUCCCCUCUUGCAUUCAAUUUGUUCAGCUUGUUUGGAGCAUUCUGAUGUUCCUUCCCUCAAAGCAGGCAAGGACACAGUUUGUGAAGAAAUUCAGAAUGCCCUCGAUGUCAUUUCAAAUGCUUCACAAGGCAUCCAGAAUAUGACAGCCCUACCAGAACCUCAGGCAGCAACCCUGGGAAGUGCCCUUGAUGAGCUGGAGAGUUUAAUUGUCCUGAAUCCACUCACAGUGACUGAGGAGGAAAUAAGACCAUCACUAGAGAAACGGCUUGAAGCCAUUAUCAGUGGGGCUGCUCUGCUGGCAGACUCUUCAUGCACCAGGGACUUCCACCGGGAGCGGAUUAUCGCUGAAUGCAACGCCAUUCGCCAGGCUCUUCAGGAUCUGCUCUCGGAGUACAUGAACAAUGCUGGAAAAAAAGAAAGGAGUAAUACCCUGAAUGUUGCUUUAGACAACAUGUGUAAGAAGACAAGGGACCUUCGCAGACAGCUCCGCAAGGCUAUUAUAGAUCAUGUAUCAGACUCUUUCUUGGAUACGACAGUCCCACUUUUGGUUCUCAUUGAAGCUGCUAAGAAUGGCCGGGAAAAGGAAAUAAAAGAAUAUGCUGCGAUAUUUCAUGAACACACCAGCAGGCUUGUAGAGGUGGCAAAUCUUGCUUGUUCCAUGUCAACAAAUGAAGAUGGAAUUAAAAUUGUCAAAAUUGCAGCCAGUCAUUUGGAAACCUUAUGUCCACAGGUUAUUAAUGCUGCACUUGCUUUGGCUGCAAGACCCAAAAGUCAGGUGGUCAAAAACACCAUGGAAAUGUACAAACAUACUUGGGAGAAUCAUAUACAUGUCCUCACUGAAGCUGUAGAUGACAUUACAAGCAUAGAUGACUUCCUUGCUGUAUCUGAAAGCCAUAUCCUGGAAGAUGUCAACAAGUGUAUCAUAGCCUUAAGAGACCAGGAUGCUGAUAAUUUAGACCGUGCCGCCGGUGCUAUCAGAGGCCGGGCAGCAAGAGUUGCUCACAUCGUCACGGGUGAAAUGGACAGUUACGAGCCAGGGGCUUACACUGAAGGUGUAAUGAGAAACGUUAACUUCCUUACAAGUACUGUAAUUCCUGAAUUUGUAACACAAGUGAAUGUUGCCUUGGAAGCCUUAAGCAAGAACUCGUUGAAUGUGUUGGAUGAUAAUCAAUUUGUGGACAUCUCAAAGAAAAUCUAUGAUACUAUUCAUGAUAUCAGAUGUUCAGUCAUGAUGAUUCGGACCCCAGAGGAACUGGAGGAUGUUUCUGACCUUGAAGAGGAUCACGAGGUUCGCAGUCACACCAGUAUUCAGACAGAAGGGAAAACUGACAGGGCUAAAAUGACUCAGCUGCCUGAGGCAGAAAAGGAAAAGAUUGCUGAGCAAGUUGCUGAUUUCAAGAAAGUCAAGAGUAAGCUGGAUGCUGAGAUUGAGAUAUGGGAUGAUACAAGCAAUGACAUCAUUGUUCUGGCCAAGAACAUGUGUAUGAUCAUGAUGGAGAUGACAGACUUCACCAGGGGCAAAGGACCACUAAAGCAUACAACUGAUGUGAUCUAUGCAGCAAAAAUGAUAUCAGAAUCAGGAUCAAGAAUGGAUGUCCUUGCUCGGCAGAUUGCUAAUCAGUGCCCAGAUCCAUCUUGCAAACAGGACCUGUUGGCCUACCUGGAACAGAUUAAGUUCUACUCCCACCAACUGAAAAUCUGCAGUCAAGUUAAAGCUGAGAUCCAGAACCUGGGAGGAGAGCUCAUCAUGUCAGCUUUGGACAGUGUCACCUCCCUGAUCCAAGCAGCUAAAAAUUUAAUGAAUGCUGUGGUGCAAACAGUGAAAAUGUCUUACAUUGCCUCAACCAAGAUCAUCCGAAUCCAGAGUCCUGCCGGGCCUCGACACCCAGUUGUGAUGUGGAGAAUGAAGGCUCCUGCAAAAAAACCCUUGAUUAAAAGAGAGAAGCCAGAGGAAACAUGUGCAGCUGUCAGACGAGGCUCAGCAAAGAAAAAAAUCCAUCCAGUGCAAGUCAUGAGUGAAUUUAGAGGAAGACAAGUCUACUGAAACCACUAUGCUACAUAUAGUGCCUAUAUGACAAAUUCCUGGCUAACCACACUGCUUUAUUUUACACUUGAUAAGUUCUGUAAUUUCACUAAGUUUUGCUGUUUAACUCACAAAUAACAUAAAAUAUUGGGCGCUAAAUCAACAUAAACAAUAUAUAUUUGGGAUCAUGUCAUUGUCAUUUCUGUAUGAUCACCACCUAAUAAUGAAUAUUUGCUUGUUGAAUGAAUGAAAUUAUCACAUAUCAUUCAGUCUUUCCCAUCACAAAGAUUAUCUACUGUUCAUUACCAAAUAAACACAGGAGAUGCAAGAGAGUCCUGUUUAUCUGUAAUACUUCAAGUACAUUUACCAUUCAUAUUUUCAAUUAAAACACUAACAUGAGCUCCUGACUUGGUUUUUUAAUAGAAGCAAAAGACUUAUAUGAAAUAUUUUCCCAUUUCAUCUCCAUACUUUCUUUACAUGAUCUAACCUGGCACCUAACCUGGCAGAAAUGUAUGAUUCCUACAUACAUUUCUUCCAUGAAUCAUACAGAAUCUGUUUUUUGUUUCUUAAAAAAAAAACUUUUAAUCUCUAGAUAUCUGUACUCAUUGUCAACUUUUUAAGCUAACAUCCAUUAUAAACUAAUCAAAAUAGGCCACUUGCUGGAUUUUGAAGGUCAAGGUUCGUUAUUAAUGAAAUGCUUUAUUAACAUUAUGAAAGUUACAAUGAGUUCUGAUGCCACAUACACACCUUUAGGGUUUCCAUUGUGUUAGAGAGUUCUGCACUUUUGAGGGUUAGAUCUAUCAGAAUAUGCAUGUGUAAGAAGACUUAUCACCCACUGGGGAAAUGAGAUACCAAACUGUAUCCCAGUGUGAGUUAUAUUGAUAACAAUAGAAGUGCAAGUUCUCUAAGACUCUAUUUUUACGAAUAUAAAAAUACAUUUUUAUCAGCUUGCAAUUGUAAUUAAAAGGAAACUCCAAGUUAGAAAACCUUUUGGCAUUGAGUAAAAUAUAACCUCAUGAAUUGUACCAUUGAACUAUUAAGCAAAGUUAAUGGCAAUGAAGCUGGAGUAAUUUCAAUAACACUCUUUUAAAUAAAAGUCACUGGGGUCAUUUAUAACUCCAGUCAUUAUGUUCAUUCCUAGUUGAGUUCAUAAUGGACUUCAUAAUAGUUUUAGAGUAUAGUGUACCUCUCUCUCUCAUUCUCUCUCUCCGUGCCCCCCCCAAGACCCCACCCCUCUUUCUUUCACAAAGUGCCCUUAAUAGAAACUCCUUCAUGGAGGCAAGUUUUGUUUUCAUGUUUUCUCAUUCUUAAAGUUCUGAUUCACAGAUUUUUUUAAAAGAAAACAUUUUCUAUUCUACAUUAUCAUAAUAAUAUUAUAUUGUAACUUUCUGCUUGUAAAACAUUCCCAUUGCCAUGAGAGUUGUCUCGACAAUGAUGUAAGCUUAGAUUGAUGAGAAAAAAAUUAUUUUACAUACAAUACCAGUUGCUAUUAGGAGGACUGGUUUGGGUGAAAGGAUGCAUGAAACAUAUGAAAGCAUAAAUAUUGAGAGUAUGAUAUGUGUGGAAUCUUAAGCAUAAUUGUAUGGGAAAAGAAGGAUCUAUUUAAUAGGUUAUUAAUUACAGAGGAAGUGUUAAAUUUCUUGUAAUGAAUUAUUUCAGUUUUCCAGGUAGCUGGAUUGCCUGAGUUCAGUAUGAACUACCUGGGAGGUGAAGGCAAUAAACUCCUCCCCGUUUUACACUAUAGACUGUCCUACAAUAACUAUUUUGAACAGAAUUCACACCCCAGAAUAAAAGGCAGUGAAGAAGGGAAUUAGGGAAUUCAGAUGAUUCUGUUUUUCAGAACUAUCUAGAUUAUUGAGGCAAAUAGAGACUCUUUUAUUGAAAUGCUCCCAUCAUUUUCUGCUUUAAGUGUAGAUGUUACAAGAGUGACAGCUGUGUUACAUCCUUCUUCCAGAAAGAAGUAUAAGUUUAUAAUUUAGUGGAUAAAUGAAUUUUAUUUUAAUCACCAACUACCAGCUGUAUGGAAUUUUUUUUUAAAUCACCAAACUACCAACUGUGUAUCUUAGCUCCUAAAGCCACAUGCCCAAGAAUUAUAAGCAUCUCAUGUAGAAAAUCCAAUGUUCACUUGACCCGACAUCAUCUUUCCACAUGUUGGAGUUUAGAACAUGCAGUAUUGGACACCAAAAGAACAGAAGUAACUUGAAAUUAUACAGUAACUGGGCCGGGCACAGUUUCUCAUGCCUGUAAAUGUCAGCAGGUUGGCAGGCUGAGGUGGGCAGAGCAUGAGGUCAGGAGUUUGAGCCCAGCCUAACAAUUACCAAAUAUCUUCCAUCUCUUUGAUAAAAAUGACUUUUUAAAAAAAAAAUUUUAUUGAAUUUUAGGUUUUGGGGUACAUGUGCAGAACAUGCAAGACAGCUGCAUAGGUACACACAUGGCAGUGUGUUUUGCUUCCUUUCUCCCCUUCACCCACAUUUGACAUUUCUCCCCAGGCUAUCCCUCCCCAGCUCCCCCACCCCCACUGGCCCUCCCCUUUUCCCCCCAAUAGACCCGAGUUUUUACUACUCCCCUCCCUGUGUCUAUGUGUUCUCAUUAUUCAUCACCCGCCUAUGAGUGAGAAUAUGCGGUAUUUCAUUUUCUGUUCUUGUGUCAGUUUGCUGAGAAUGUUCUCCAGAUUCAUCCAUGUCCCUACAAACGACACAAACUCAUCCAAAGUGAGAUGUGAACAAGUUCUCCUCUUUAACAAAGGCAGAUUUUCAGCUUAGCUCAAAGCAAACUAUAAUUAAACAAAAUAAUGAAAAUUUUAACUCAAUGAAUGUCCCAGGAGUUAAUCUGCUGUAGUAAUCAAUGGUGCCAUAAAAACAAAAUGCAUAGAGCUGAAAAAGGCAUCUGUCCACCUCAGUGAAUUCCUGCAGCAGGCAGCAUUUCAAAAUUUAGUUUGAUUCAAACCUGCUGAUAAAAACAAAUGCUUAUAUGCGAGAAAAACUAGCAGCAAGAUAUUAAUAAAUCUAUUUUGUAGUUAAUCAACAAGCAUGACACAUUUAUAUUUAGAUAUUUCUUCUGACAGGAAUGCCAGAAAUUCCUUAAUGAGAGUGAUAAUUUGGUGAUCCAUCUAUGUACUUUUGAUGUCUCAUCACAGAGAUUGGUGCUUCCUCUGAUAAUACAUUUGCUUGAUCCUGCUAAUAAGAACUUACCUUUCUUUUUUAUUCAAAUCCAUUUAUGUUGGGAAAAACAUUGCUUGAGAGGGAGGAGCAGGUGGUUAUGAUCCAUAAGUGCAGUUCCAUCCCUAGAUAUCCACCAGCAUCCCUGCCAAAUGUUAGACUGAAAUUAGAAUUAAAAUUUCAAAAAUAUUGAUGAAAUAAUAAUCCACAAAAGGGUCUUUGCCUAAUUAGAGAAAUUUGAAAAUUUUUAUCAAAUAUAAAAAAGUGAGAAAUAGAAAUCAUUCCCUUUCAUUUAUCACAAAUUAAAAUUAUUGGAGUAAAAUGUUUCUUUCAAGUGAGUUUCUGAAUAGUUCUUGGGUCAAGAAAAAAUUCAAACACUAAAUUUCUAAGCUAAUUUGUUCAUUGUUUAUGUUUAUUAUAUGAGUGCAAACUACAAAUGUAUUAGAAAAAAACAAUAUAGUCUUUGCAUUCACAAGUGUGCCUUCUCGCCUUUGAAAUCUCUUAAUAUAGGAUCAAUAUAAUAUAUUCAUUCCCCAUAAAAAUCUCUUACGUACAGGGAAUAAGGGCCUCCAAGCUACACAGAGACAACCAUUCUUGCAGUCUGGCAUUCUUUUUUUUUUGAGACUGAGUUUCGCUCGUUACCCAGGCUGGAGUGCAAUGGUGUAAUCUCGGCUCACCGCAACUUCUGCCUCCUGGGUUCAGGCAAUUCUCCUGCCUCAGCCUCCUGAGUAGCUGGGAUUACAGGCAUGCACCACCAUGCCCAGCUAAUUUUUUUGUGUUUUUAGUGGAGACGGGGCUUUCACCAUGUUGACCAGGAUGGUCUCGAUCUCUUGACCUCGUGAUCCACCCGCCUCGGCCUCCCAAAGUGCUGGGAUUACAGGCGUGAGCCACUGUGCCCGGCCACAGUCUGGCAUUCUUGACACCUUUACCUUCAAAGGCCAUCUGUUUUCAAUUUCAAGCUUAAAUUGUUAACAUACAAUUAAGUGCUCAAUUUGGACCUUCAAACCAAAUAAUUAAUACUCCUCAAAUUAAAUAAUGAGUGGCUAAAAUGCCUAACAUGUAACAACAAGGUAAGUGACUUCAAGGGCUUCCUAAACCUUCACUUUGAGGGUAGUCUCAUUUCACCCACCUCUGGGCAAGGUAUCCUCUGGUAACUAAUAACAAUUUCCUACCGAAAUAGUUCAACUGGGACUGCCCAUCACAGCAAAUUACUCCAGUUAAUGCCCUUUCCUCUUCUUCGGUGCACCAAAAAUAUCUCUCCCAUCUCUCAUCUCUAUCCCAGUUAUUAAUUGGCUAAUAUAUUUUUCAGAGUUUUAGUCAAAAUUAUGAAUUUUAAUUUCUAGCAGCAUUAUUCCUUUAGUCUUUCUAUUCCCCAAAAACAUUCUUAAUUUUUUUGGUGUCAAAUGUACAUUUCUGUCCUAGAGGUUGGGGUUCCCAUGGCUACAGAUUUCUGCAUAGUGGCAGAACGAGUGGAACAGGAUCUGAGACUUCAUAGUGGUACCAACCAUUCUUUUGUGAACUCACUGCAGAAAGGACAGCCUCUUUUAGUUUCAUUGUAAGUAGUUCUCUAGGUUGGUGAAGUAGGCACCAGAAUCUCAAUUUGAAUGAAAUCUGUACUUUCUUUUGUUGGCCUAUUUUUUUGCAAAGACAACUUGCCUAUUAUAUAUUUAGGAAUCAAAUAUUCAUCUUUUCUGUUUGUAAAGUCAGAAAUAUUUUAGUUAAAAAUAACACAAUUGUUAUAUUAUUUUAAUAAUUUUUAAGUAAAGAAGGAAAAUUUCUGCCACCUGAGAUGUUACUGUUUUUAUUAUAUGUCACAUACCAGGAAAGAACACUUAUUUAGAUGAAAAUUUCACUUCUUUCUUUAUGACUCUUCUCAUACCAUUAUGAUACGUUUAGCGUUAGUAUAUUCCAUUUUACCACCAAACAAAUAAGCCAGGACUAAUAACAAUAGCAGUUUGAGAGUUUAUAUUUGGGCAUUUUGGUUCUAAUUAGGAAAGAAAAUGUGGAUGCUAUUAAAACUAGUUGCAACUAAAAAUGUUUGGAAUGAGGCUACUAAGACAAUCUUAGACAUCUCAAAGAGAAAGAAAGACUAAUUAAAAUAUUAAAUACUUUUUUGCCAUUUUAACGGAUUCACAUGAAAAAGAACAUAUCUUCUAUUAAAGCAAAAUACAGAACAGUUUAAAACACUAGUCUUCUUGCAUGUGAAUAUUUUCCCCCUAACAGACAAGACAGAAUCCAUUUCUGGACACUCUAAAAGAAAAUAAUGUUAAUGGAGAGAACUCUUUCCAAAUGGAACUCAAUCUGACCAGAAUCCCAUCUGCAGGCAAUAGACUGGCUGUGGGGCUGACCUUAAGUUUUAUCCUGAGAUGAGAUGCUUCAUGACUGCUUGGCUGAAUUAUGGCAUCUAGCAGUCCCCACUGAUUUGUGGGAACAAAACACAUGGAUUGAUAUUCAAUAUGAGUUUGGUAAGUUGGAGAAAAAUUGAGACAAUACCGAGUAGUCUAAAAGGACGAAAAAUAAGUACACGCCAGAGGUAGGGAAUGGUAAGAGAGGGGUAGAUGCAGAAGCAGUUAGUUUUCAUAGACAGAAGAGGGAAGAGUUUUUUCGUUCUAUGAAGAUUAGGCAGCCCUCCUGAGGAAAACAUUAAGGAUAGAAUGAGACGCUUGUCUUGACAGUUUGGUGGUUUAGUGAAGUCAUGUUGAAGGCAAAAGAAUGAACUACACAAACUUUGAGCAUGAUUUAGUAAUAUUGUUUGUAUGCUGAGAAACAGAAAUUCAGCCACUCUCCUGAUUAAUGAUAGGUGAAAUUCUUCCCAAUAUCAGAGCUAAUCUGGGUAAUCAGACAUUCAUAUAUUUAAUGACUAUUUGUUAAAUAACUAUGAUGGUCCAGGCACUAUUCUAGGUUCUUAGGAUAUACUAGAUAACAAAACAAAUAAUAAUCCUUGCCCUCACAUGCCAGCUUUGUAUUAAAUGCUAUCAUCUUAUUCAAUCCUCCACAUAACCCUAUAGGGUAGACAUUCACUCCAUAGAUAAAGAAACUGAGGCUUAAACAGGAUGAGAAUCUUGCUCAGAGUCUCACUGGCUUUAAAAUAAGGUUUAUUGCACCCCAUGUUCUGAACUUUUAGCCACCACAAUAUCCAGAUUUCUUGGAAAUUUUAAUUGAAUUUGUCAGUUAAUAAUGAGAUACAUAUUUCAAAUGCUGGCUGGCCUUCUGUGUAAAAGCAAAAAAUAAAUAAACUUUAAAAAUAUAUCAAUAUAUAUCUUACAUCAAUCAAAGCAGAUAAAUGAUUAGCCAAAUAUUCUCACUGCUAAUAACUGAGUGUAGAGUGUCAGCUAUGUGGGAAGUAAAUUAUUUACGUGAUCUGAAAUAAGAGGGCAACACUUGCCUAAUUACUUUUGUUGCAACAGAGAAGAAAGCUUCAGUAGAAGUGUCUGUUUCAGCCCAUCUUCAGUGUUGGUUAAUACCAUUUGUUGACACCAUUUCUUUCCUCUUUUACUGCUAACUAACGUGUGACUGUGUUUAAAAUUAUAGAUUGCAGGAGAGUGUUGGCCAAGGAUUAUUGUAGUAGGAUAAAGUUUCCCUGUAUUUGAAAUUUACCCAAAUUGUAGCAAAUACAUCUUUCCUUCUUUAUGGUCACACAUGUGUAUAGUAUGUGCCUGAAUACAGGUAAACUUCAUCUUUUAACAACACAUGGCCUUUUUAAGAGCCAACUGAAGGCUAGACUCUUCUUGCCCCAUGUUGCUGGAUAGACUUUCAAAUCUCAGGCCUUGGAGAGUUAGGUGAUAUUUCUUAUGGUGGAGCCACAUAAGAAAUACAUGCAUUCCUACUUUGAACAAUGAAAUGUGUAUAUUUGGGAUCUUCACUUUUAUGUAUCUGGUAGUCAUGAUGGUGUUUAUCCCCAUCUGUAGGAAAGGAAAGCCCUCAAGAAGAAAAUUCUCUUUCAAAAAGGCUCAGAUUUCUAACAAUUGUCUAAAAAUUUCUUCAAUAGAGAACUUGUACAAAAGCCAUUUAAUAUUAGCAGAGUAGUCCCUGUGUUUUUAUUUCAAAUGAGAUAUUUUCCAGUUCUAAAGUUUAUUUCCUUGGCAUUUUCAAGAACAAUGGUUAUUUUUAGUUCUGGUUAUUUUGUCUUGGAGGUCCUGUGACACUUCUUUAAACAUUUAAAGCCCCCUUUGAAUAGUUGUAUCAAUAGUUCAAAACCCUGCGGAUGUCUUGUUUUUCUAUUCUGACAGCCAAGCUUAUGCAGUCUCAGGCCAACCUUAGGUAUGUCACAUCAAUUUCCCAUCUGAGUAAAUUACCUGAACCUUUUUGUGGUGUUCACUGAAAGUGGAGCUUCUACUAAGGGAAUUCUUUGACCUGGGCUUUUAACAGUAGAUUUGUACUGGAUUGUUUAUCAAUAAAGCAAAGGAGUAAGUCAGAGAUGUUAGUCCCUGCUCUCAAACAGAACUUUCCUCCUUCCUGAAUAUUUAAACAUAAAAUUUUAAACUGCUAUAAAAAUCGUGUUCCAUUGCUUGCCAAAUCUUAUGCCAUUAUAAUGCUCUAUUCUUAUAUGUUAGCAUAUAUGGUGUCCAUGGGGAUAUAAAUAUGAGAACUUCAGCAACUGUCUUGCAGGGUUAAGCUGUGCUAUUUGUUGAUUUUGCAAAUUUUUCUCAUGUGGUACAGUCUCUCCAAAGAAAAUUUCCUUAGAUCUAAAUGACAGCAUAAUGGUUUCUCCUCCACAUCCGUGACUAACAAGUCCCUGAAAGCAGAAGUAGACAUAUGUUAUGCCCAAUUUAGUACCUAAUAAUUGAGGCUUAAAACAAAAUUUUCUUGGGCAAGUUGGGUGAUUAAAUAUGAAUUAAAACUUCCAGAGAAAGAUUUCCAGAUGCCCCUGUUUUCCAUUUUGAUUAUGGUUUUAGUUUCAUAGCAACUUGGGGAAAAAAUUCACUUACUUUAUGUACUAUUACAAGCAACAACUUCGACAGCUUAAACUUAGUGACCUCUCUGAAGGUAAUAUGCACAUUAUAAUUUAGGAUAAAAGCAGAUUUAAACUAAGAAUUUCUGAGAUGAAAUAAAAGUAAGCGAUUCAUAACAGUCACGUUUAUUGCAGCAAUAUCUUGGGAGCUUAAGUUUAGUGGCACUUGAGGUACUUCUAAGCAUCUUGCUUGUACAUUUUACCCUGCUCUGCAGAGACAGAAUGUGAUUGAAUGAACUGCCCAUUAUAUUAAUGACCAGUUUAAAGCAGUUUUGUGCUUUGGCUAUAGAUACAAUUUGGCAAAAACACUGUAAGUCUUUCUGAUCCAGAUUUAUUCUUAAGGUAUUUUUGCCAAUCAAUAAAAAUGAAUUAUUUACCCAGAAAUCGAAACAGCUCUUUAUUAUCCUAUGACAUUGACACAGAAACCCAAAUACUCCUUGUCUGAAAUCCUGUAUGUUUUUGUGUUUAACUGAAUUAAUAAUUUUUUUAAUUGUGCUCUUGAUUGCAUUAUUUCACACAUGUAACAGUGGGUUUGUUUUGGUUAUAUAGUAUUAUUUUACUUUAUUCUAAUUUCAACUCAUGUCACUCUGUAGCUCAUUAAGAAUUUGUUCAACUGAUAAUUAAACCGUGUGUAUUAAAGCAAUAAAAAUGAAAAGAUUGGCUAUGUAUUUUACGUUGA